AUGACACUUCGAUACAUACCUCCUCAAGUUGUUGAUAGGCAACCAGUAGUGCAACUAGAACUUCAGGAUGUGGUGGAAGAAGAGGGGAAAUGGAAUGUGGCGAUGAUUGCGUAUAUAAUUGGAGAAAAUCCUGGUUAUAAUACAAUGAAGAGAUAUAUUGCACUGCAUUGGCUAGAUAUUACUGAACCUGACUUGUUCUUACAUGAUGAGGGUUAUUAUAUGAUUAAGUUCCAAUCAAUGGUGGAUAUGCACAAAGUGUUCUAUGAUGGUCCACACACCAUCAACAAUAGACCAAUAAUUGUAAAGAUAUGGACACCUGAUUUUGAUUUAAGCCAGGAAUUCCUAGCUGAUAUCCCUCUAUGGGUUAUACUCCCUAAACUACCUAUGAGUUGCUGGGGUAGUGAAUCUCUAAGUAAGAUCGCCAGUGCAAUUGGAAAACUUUUAUUUGCAGAUGAAUGCACUACCAAGCAAACAAGAAUCUCCUAUGCGAGGAUGCUGAUAGAAGUCAAUAUAACAAAGACCCUGCCUACAGAGAUAACUGUUAUGGAUCCUAGAGGCAGAAAACUCCAACAGCAGUUGGCGUAUGAUUGGAAACCUAACUAUUGUGACAAAUGCCAGAUGAUUGGGCACAUAUGCCCUGCUCAGAAAGGGCCUAAAAUGCAGAAGAAUGAGAAGCCAAAACGAAGAAGAGAACAAAAGAAAGUAACAUAUGAAUGGAGAUAUAAAGGACCAGUGGGGGUUGAAACUACCAACAAAGUGAAUCGAUAA